AACAUGCAUUCAUCCUGAACGGAGCUUUAUCACUCCAUCUCCUCCUCCAGCAUGAAUCCAUCCAGGUGUUAUGGAUGCACUUACCUGUUCCUCUCCGUCGUGGCGGUUGUGGGAUGGCACGAUCUGGAUAACAGCGAGUACGACUGCUGGCCGCUGGAGAAACCGGACGAGUUGAACAUGAUCGACUGUGGAGGAUUAGAGAUGGCCUGGGUGUUGCGUCCUCCAGAGAAAGUUGUGAGCGGUGAGGAGUUUAACGUCAUUUACUCGGUGACGGUUAAUGAUGAGUUUUACCAGUGGGCCGUGGAGCACAAUAUAUUCGUUCACAGAUCGAUUACAGGCGCUGCUGAAGCUCGGCGUUUCUGUGAACAACACGAGUGUCCCAGUAACUGGAAAGACGCAAACGGAGAGAACUGCUGCAUUCACCACGCUAACAUCCACUCCUGCCCUAUGGGUUACAUGAAAGCAGCGGACGAGAGGAUCUGUGGGCCUUGGAUUCCUGAUGACGGCAGAAUCUUCACACACACCAUCUCUACAUCAGGCAAAAUGACCCAAACCAACUGGACUGCCAAGGUGGUUCUGUUCCACGAGGGUCUGACGUCUCUGAUCGCGCACAUCCGUGUGGGGAACAUGCAGGUGGCUCUGGAGGCCAAGAGUACCGUCCUGCCCACCAUCAUGUGUGGUGACGGUGUGUGUGAGGAAGAGGAGAGCUGCUCCACGUGUCCAGCUGACUGUGGUGAUUGCCCUCUCAGUGCUUCGUUACGGGCCGCUAUUGGGCUAAUUGUGACCAUCAUCAUCAUCAGCUUCUUCAUCACUGCUAUGUGGUUUAGGUAUCAAAAACAGAAGUUGUUGUGGGAUGAGAGCUGGAUCAUAGACUUCAGCCAAAUAAAACAGGACUACGUUGCCCGGGCAGCGAUGGGGAGUAUAAUCAGCGUUCCGGCGGUGAACAGUGACUCCAACGCCAGCUGUGUGACGGGACUCAGCUCCUGCACCGGCAUGCCAACCUCACGCAAACAGCUGUACACACACACCGGCAUCUAUGACGGACGAACCGUCGCCAUUAAGAAGAUUAAAACAAAGACGUUUUCUUUGUCAAAGGUCAUCAGGCAGGAAGUCAAGCAAGUCAGAGAACUCGACCAUCCGAACCUGUGCAAGUUUUUUGGAGGUUGCGUAGAGGUGCCCAGCGUUGCCAUAGUAACCGAGUACUGUCCCAAAGGCAGCCUGAACGAUGUGCUGCUGAACGAGGAGAUCCCGCUGAACUGGGGCUUCAGGUUCUCGUUCGCGACGGAUAUCGCACGUGGAAUGUCGUACCUGCACCAGCACAAGAUCUGUCACGGCAGACUCAAAUCAUCCAACUGCGUCAUCGACGACCGCUGGGUGUGUAAGAUCACAGAUUACGGUCUGUGUGUGUAUCGGCGUGAAGACUGCGCUGAGCCGCUCACCACCUACCAGUUGAGGCUGAGGGAAGUGUACACUCCUCCUGAAGCCCAGAACAACAACCUGGAGCCCACACUAAUGGGAGAUGUGUUCAGUUACUCGAUUAUUCUGCUGGAGAUCGCCACGAGGAGUGAUCCUGUCCCUGUGGAGGACAGUUCAGUGGAAUGUGCCUGGUGUCCUCCGCUUCCUGAACUGAUUUCUGGGAAAGCUGAUAACACCUGUCCCUGUCCUGCUGAGUAUGCAGAGCUGAUUCGUCGAUGCCGCUCCCAUAACCCCGCCCACAGGCCGACCUUCGAGCAAAUCAGAAAGUUUGUUCACAGGAUCAACCCUCACAAAGUCAGUCCAGUGGAUAUGAUGAUGAACCUGAUGGAGAAGUACAGUAAACAUCUGGAGGUUCUGGUGGCAGAGCGCACGCAAGAUCUGAUGCACGAGAAACAGAAAACUGACCGACUGCUCUACAGUAUGCUGCCGAAGCAGGUAGCCGAUGAUCUCAGACAGGGGAAACCCUCUCAGGCUCAGAGCUACGUCAGCGCUACCGUCUUCUUCAGUGAUAUAGUGGGAUUCACGCAGUUGUCCAGCACCAGCACUCCAUACCAGGUUGUCGACUUCCUGAACAAACUUUACACAACUUUCGAUGAAAUCAUCGACAAUUACGACGUUUACAAAGUGGAGACUAUCGGAGACGCCUAUAUGGUGGUGUCGGGUGUGCCGCGUGAGAACGGGAUCCUCCACGCGUCUGAAAUCGCCAGCAUGGCUCUGGAUCUGGUGUGUGUGUGCAAAACGUUCAGGAUCCCACACAAACCCCAAACACAGCUACAGAUCCGUGCAGGAAUACACUCAGGCAAGAGCGCACACACACACACACACACACACACACACACACACACGCACACACACACACACACACACACACACGCACACACACACACACAUAUUAUACACAUACACAUUUGGAGUCACUGUGGAAUUAUUUCCUGUCUAACAUCACACUACGUGUGUGUGUGUGUGUGUGUGUGUGUGUGUGUGUGUGUGUGUGUGUCAGGCCCGGUGGUGGCCGGUGUGGUCGGGACUAAAAUGCCGCGUUACUGUUUGUUUGGAGACACCGUAAACACAGCGUCACGCAUGGAGUCCACGAGUGAAGCUUUGAAGAUCCAGUGCAGCUCCAGUGUGUUUUACCUGCUGGAGGAGAUCGGGGGAUACACACUCACCUGCAGAGGAGUGCUACAGGUCAAGGGGAAAGGGGACAUGGUGACGUACUGGUUGGAGGGGAAGCAGUCGGUGAAGGUCAAUAAGGAGAAUAAAGAGAAUAAGGAGAAUAAAGAGAGGAGAGUGGACGAUGUAGACAGAGAGCAGUUUAAUCUCCUCCCUGGAGUCUGCAACAACAACUACGACAACAACACCAGCAACGAUCUGCUGUUUGACCCCAACUAACACACACACACACACACACACACACACACACACACACACACACACACACACACACUGCGACACACUCCGAUCAACCCAGGACUGAGUACACACCCUGUGGUCCUGACAGGUUAUUAAUGUGAAUGUUCUCUGCUCUGUCUUUAAGAUCUUUUUCCUAAUGUGUAUAUUUAAUUACUGUUAAAAUAAACCGUACGUGUGACUAAUGUCACGUUCCACACGUAUUCAUUAGCAUGAGAUGUAGCAUGUUAUAUCAUGUUAUCUGCAUGAGGUUCGGUGUGUUCGUCUGUGCUUCUCUGUGUGUUAUGUGUAGUCAGAGGUGGAGUUAUGUUAUGUAGACUACCUCAGAUUUGUAGGAAACACACACA